AUGGCUUCUGAUAAAAUACAUACACAUAAGAGAAAGAAUAGUCAUCUUUUUAACGAACAAAGUACAUCUGGCUCCUCAAUUCGGACAGAUUACGAUAUCAGCAUGGAUAAUUUAGAGAUGGAAAAUAUGGUUCCACCUCCAAUUGGAAGAACCACAUCGAUACCAAGUGUUCCAAUGGUGUCAACAUCUCGAAUUGAUUUAGAAAAUCAAGAUCAUACAUUGGGAAAUCCAGAAUCCUCAGAAUCAUGGGAUGAUUGGUAUUUGACAAAGAAAUUUGGACAAAAUAAAAGACUCCGGACAACCAUAUAUUCCAUUCUUGGGAUUCUUAUUGCAUAUAUCAUUGUACUAUUAAUUAUAUCACUUUCAUCUAGUAAAGGUUCAAAUAAUGGUAAUUCAUCAGGUAGCCACAAACCAAAUAUUCAACAGAAUGGGAUUAAACGAGAUAAAUCUUUUGAUAUAGAAGAUGUUAUGAAAGGGAACUUUAUGAUUGAUAAGAAAAAUUUCCAUUUUAUUGAGCCACCUUAUACUUUUGAAAGUCAUGACAUGGAUCCUGGUUUGUAUAUGACUACGAUUACCAACAACGAUGGAACAAGAUUCUUAGCAAAACAGUUAUUCGAUGAAAUGUUUGAAAAGGACUUGGGUUCCAAUAAAUUUGAAUAUCAAGAACAUGAAUAUGUGGUGGAUACCAUUAAAGUAAAUUUUGCUUUGGAUAGAUUGAUAUUUGCGACUGAGAAAAUUGCAGAUUUCAGACAUUCUUCAACUGCAAAUUAUUGGAUUAAGGAUGUUACUACGGGCAUAAUUAAACCUAUAUCACCAUAUUUUGAUUCUGAACAACCGGUACGUCUCUCGUAUGCAUAUUUCUCUCCAGCCUACAACUUUAUCUAUUUUGUUAUGGAUAACAAUUUAUACUUUCAAGAUAUAAGUGCUGAACAUGCACCUGUUAAAGUGACAUCUGAUGGCAGUCAAGAUAUUAUGAACGCCAAGACGGACUGGGUAUAUGAGGAAGAAGUUUUGGCUGAUGAUAAAGCGAUAUGGUGGGCGCCAGAUGACUCUAAGUUUAUAUUCGCAAAAUUUAACGAUACAGAUGUUGACAGCUAUACAUUCCCAAGAUACACGACUAAUCAGCAAUAUCCUCCAUUAAGCGAAAUCAGAUAUCCAACUCCUAGUCGGGCCAACCCUACUGUUGAACUUUUCUUCUAUAAUAUUGGUGGAAAUACGAUAUAUAAUGUCAACAUGGACCAGAAGAGUAUGAAAGAAAUUAUAUUAUAUGAUGCUCAAUGGUUAGGUCCUAAAAAUUUCUUAUUUAAAAUAACGGAUAGGUUUUCGAAGAAAUUGUUUGUCAAAGUAUUUAACACUGAUAAAGAAGAACUUUUGAAUACCAGAGAAUAUAACACAGAAGAAUUUAACGGAUGGGUUGAAAAGACUAAAAAUAUAUUCGUUGUUCCACCCAGUGAAAAAAUAAAAAGAAUUGAUUAUGGUUAUGUUGAUACACAUCAGGAUAAUGAUGGAUACAACCAUUUGUUUUAUUACAAGUCACCAUUCGCAUCUGAGGGUCAACAAUUAACUAAAGGGGAAUGGGAGAUCACAGGUUCCGGUGUUGUUGGUUACGAACUCGAGACAGAUACAAUAUACUUUACAGCUAACUGUUAUAACCCCAUGUCGCAGAAUUUAUUUGCAGUUAGGUUGGAAGGGGAUCCUAUUAAUGAACUAGUUACCCUUCAAAAUCCAUCUGAAAAACACUCAUUCUAUGAUUAUCAGAUAAGUUCUAGUUCAAGAUAUGCAGUAAUGGAGUAUUUAGGGCCGUCCUUACCAUUUUAUGCAGCUGGUACUUUAACAAAUCUUUUUUCGCUAGAGGAUGCCAAAAAUCAUGAUGUCCUUGUACUUUCUAACGAAGUCAGGAGGGAGGAUAUAACGAACAACUACAAUUUACCUAUUACAACUUUUAAAAGCAUGACAUUAGAUGAUGGAGUGUCUGUGGAUUACAUUGAAAUUAAACCGGCAACUAUGAAUGUGAAAAGAAAGUAUCCUCUGCUUAUUAAUGUGUACGGUGGUCCAGGGUCGCAAACAUUUACAGCUAAAUCUGGAAUAUCAUUGGAACAAGCAGUAGUUUCAAGUUUGGAUGCAAUUGUUCUCCAAAUUGAGCCAAGAGGUACAGGUGGUAAAGGUUGGAAAUUUAGAUCGUGGGCAUCAGGGGCUCUAGGGUACUGGGAACCUCGUGAUAUUACAGAGGUGACCAAAAAGUUUAUCAACGAGAAUGCUCCACAUAUUAACGAGGAAAAUGUAGCAAUCUGGGGCUGGUCCUAUGGUGGAUUUUCGACGUUAAAGACAGUUGAAUUCGACAAAGGUGAAACCUUCAAGUACGCCAUUGCUGUUGCUCCAGUUACCAAUUGGCUAUAUUACGACUCUAUAUACACAGAAAGAUAUAUGGGAAACGUUGACGCAAAUAUUGAGAAGUACAUCGAAAUAUCUCGAUUGAAUGACGUUAGUAGUUUUAACAAUAUGAAACGGUUUUUGCUACUACAUGGAACAGCCGAUGAUAAUGUGCAUAUCCAAAAUACCUAUGAAUUCACUGAUAGAUUGAAUAUUGCUGGUAUUAGAAACUACGACAUGCAUAUAUUCCCUGAUUCUGAUCAUUCAAUAAGGUAUCACAAUGCUCAAAAUAUUAUAUACAAAAAGUUAUAUUACUGGAUAGAAGAAGCAUUUAAUGGAUUACUAGAGAAAGUAAAUCAUUGA